AUGGGUAGUACGCGAAGCCCGAAAGAUGUCCGCAGAAAGCUUCCUACGGUAAAGACAUUUUCUCAUGAUAAUAUUAAAACAACAAUAUAUGUUAAAAGCUCAUCGCCAUAUAUAUCUAUAGUAAAGAGAACCAAUAAGUUUCUUCAGGAACUAGGAAAACGAAAAAAAGAGUAUGUGACACUAUUAGGUAUGGGAAAAGCUAUUUUUAAGACACUUUCUGUGGCUACACACUUCUCGUCAUUGGGUGAUUAUAAAGUGGAUAUAUUCACAAAGACAUUAAAUGUUUUAGACGAAGUUUAUGCAGACAAUGGUAAAGAUGAGGAUGGGAAUGAUAUCUUAUCAGAGGACAGAGAGGUAAGGCUCUCUUCGCGGACCAUAAGCGGGGUUGAGGUACGUAUUAGCAUUAUCUAA